AGCCCCAGCCUCGGCCCCGUCCUCCCUCUCAGCCUCGGCGACGAGGCUAUAUAACCUCAGCAUCCGAGGAGCGCCCCACCACAUCAGCAUCUACACAGGAGAACACACACCUACAGGGGAAUGCCCGGCUCAGAACUGCUCUCACAAACACAGAUUUGAGACAUGACGAAGUCGUACACGGAGGAGACCAUGUUGUCCGACCCUCAAGACUCGACGACUUGGCCCGAGGACGGUCACGGGUCCCAAGACGAGAACGACCCGGAGAAGAACAGCAAGGCUCACGAGGAACUGGCGGGAGACAUGGAUGACGAAGACGAGGAAGAGUUCAACCGUCUCGAUGAGGAUGAUGAUGACGAAGAGGAAGAGGAAGAUGAGGGCGACGCUCAGAAGCCAAAACGACGAGGACCAAAGAAGAAGAAAAUGACAAAAGCCAGGGUGCAGAGGUUUAAGAUGAGGCGCAUGAAGGCUAACGCGCGUGAGAGGAACCGCAUGCACGGACUCAACGACGCGUUGGAGAGUUUGCGUAAAAUUGUGCCGUGCUACUCCAAGACACAGAAGCUAUCCAAGAUCGAGACGCUGCGUCUGGCUAAGAAUUACAUCUGGGCCCUGUCUGAGAUCCUGCGCUCCGGGAAAAGUCCGGACCUCAUGUCCUUCGUCCAGGCCCUGUGCAAAGGCUUGUCCCAGCCCACAACCAACCUAGUGGCGGGGUGCCUGCAGCUGAAUCCUCGCACCUUCCUCCCCGAGCAGUCACAGGAGCUGCCCGGUCAUAUGCAACCCCCAGGAGCGUCGUUUGCUGCGCAUCCCUACUCCUACCAGACCCCAGGCCUUCCCAGCCCGCCCUACGGUACGAUGGACAGCUCCCACAUCUUUCACGUCAAGCCGCACUCCUACGGCAGCGCGCUGGAGCCGUUCUUCGAAACCGCCCUGACAGACUGCACUAGUCCGUCAUUUGACGGACCCUUAAGCCCUCCGUUGAGCGUGAACGGAAACUUUUCCUUCAAACACGAGCCUUCAUCAGAGUUCGAGAAGAACUAUGCCUUCUCCAUGCACUACCAGGCGGCUGGUCUGGCGGGAGCGCAGGGCCACGCGCCCUUGUACCCCAGUUCGGCGCAGCGGUGCGAGAUCCCAAUGGACAACCUCAUGUCCUACGACGGACACACGCAUCACGAGCGGGUCAUGAACGCCCAACUCAAUGCGAUAUUUCAUGAUUCGUGAAUAUAUACAAUCCAUCGUUAAAGACUUUAUGCGCGUCAUGUUAUCCUGUGUCACAAAUAGCAGUGAUUUCUGGCUUGUUCUCCUGUAUGGUAUUUAUUGUACUGCCUUUAGGACGAGCGGGCUUAUACAGCUCGCUCACCUUCUGUGUUCUAUAGCGCUUCUUUAUGGUAUGGUCUCUAGACGACUUUACUCAGAAUGUGUUGAUUUACCGUAUCACAAAACCACAAGCAAUAAUUUGGAAACUAUGCAAUUUUUAAACCAGUACUUGGCCAAUACAAAUUAAUAAAGAUUUCUAUAUUUUUCAAACUGAUUUUUGCAACUGCUCUAUCUAUACACACUCAAAUUAUCCUGUUGUGAUUUUGUAUAGAAGCCUGAAUUUCUUUUUUAUGUCAAGUUCCUAUAGAGCCUAUAGUCCCCCCUAGUCCAUGUAUGUUUUAUAAAAACAGACACGUCUCUUCUUCAUACAACGUUUCAACCGUUUUAAGCAACUGUAUUUAUUUACCAGAUGGGCAAGAGAUUCUACAAAUGUUGCCUUACAGCAAAACUGUAUUUUGGUUGCACUGAAAUGGGUUAAAUAUUUCCCAAAACUAAUUAUUCCAAACAAUUCAGAAGGUUGAGUAAAUCUACAUUUUAAGGCCUUAUUGCAAUACAAAGCACAGAAAUGCUUGGCCUUCCAUGCAAAAACUUUCACCGUACAUUUAUAAGCAGUGGCCAUGAACCAACUGUUAAUCAACGCUGGACAGUCAUACAGCAGAUUUAUGUUAUCCUCCGUGUGUUAUUGCAUGUGGAAACACACUCCGAGGCUAUAGACUGAAGUUGGUUCGACAUCAUAAAAAUUGCUUUUAAUCUUUGUGUGUCUGCAGUGUUACGUACGCAAUCGGAAUAUGAGUUUGUUUUCAGACCAAUACGGAUUAUUUUGAAGAUUUCAGUUAUCCUCCGAGUGAUUGAAGUGUUCAUAUUGUAAUUCCUCCGAGAUUAAUGUAUGCGUGUAAAUCCCUGGAGGCGCGGGAUUAUGUGUAGAAUAAAAGUGAAUGACGAGCCUA